CAUGGCAUGCUCUGAUCCAGCAGCCCGUGCCCUGCCCUGUUCUGGGGUCCUUUGCCAUAGGUGCCUUCCACCAGCGUGGCCCUUGUUGAAAUUUCCUGGCCUUUCACGUGUUGCGCCAUCUUGAUCUGCCUGGCUGCCCUCACUGCCAAUUGUGGGUGCUGCCCUCCUGGAAGCAGCAGGUCCCAGCAUGUGAUACAUGUUCCUUGGCAUCGGGAUGGAGUUUUGCAAAAGAGUUGGCUUGAGAUGGAGUAUUACACUUCUCAGCUGUCCUGGACCAUUCAUUUUCGGGGAAACCAUUGGCAGACUUCUAUGCUGGCAUUUCAGGCGUCCCUCCCCAUGAGAGCAGAACCGCGGAAGAAAAAGAAGAUAGAUCCAAGGAGAGAACAAGCACAAAAGGACCGUAUGAAGAAAAAGAUAAAAAAGCUGGAAAAAGCUGCCCUGGAAAUGAUUCCCAUUGAGGAUUUUGUAACACCAUUCAAGUUUUUGGAUGCUUCAAGAGUGCGAGAUAUCUCCCCGCUGUCCUUUGAGGAGAGUGAAAGGCGAGCCCUGCUCCUGAAGAAGUGGGCCCUGUACAAGCAGAAAGAGCAUGAGGCAGAGAUGGAAACACUGAAGUCUCUUAUGGCAGCUCAGCAGGAGGCACUAGAGGAAUUGCGUCUCGAAUCAGAAGAACUUUACCAAGCAGCAAUAAGACGAGAUGAUGACCUGUUUCCCUUUGAGAAGGAGGGGCCUACUUACACACCACAGGUUCCUGGCUAUGAGGCUCCUGAAGGGAAAUGCAUCGACAUUACCAAAGUGUACACACAGUGAGAUCAGAAGAUUGUGCCACGCAGCUGCAUUAGAGGGCAUGACAGGAGGACACAAUGGGAUGCGACUAGACUAUUUCUUUCGCUUUUUCAAACAUCCCUAUGCAGGUGGCUGUCAAAAGAAAAUAAAAACACCACCUGUCCUUGUUCCCUUUAUGCACAUGGCUGUCAAAAGAAAAUAAAAACACCACCUGUCUUGUU